UAAAAGUCGUCUGUUGACUGAUGGAAGGGAAAUGCGAAAUCAGAAUCUCGCAAGAGCCCCGCAAGUCUUCCGCAACUUGCGGAGCGCUGGGUGGAUACGAUGUGAUUUCGCCCGCACACCCACCGCCCGCUGCAACUGAGGAAGGAGCCAUGAGUUCACGCCAGCAUGAAUAUAUAACACCCAGCUGGGCGCAAAUUCUUCUAUCCAUCAUUCGACUGCUUAGUUUAACAAGUCCGCCAUGUCAACCGCUUCCAAUCAGUCAAACGUCCCAGCGCCAGCUUGGACACUCACCACCCCCUUCCACAAGGCGCCCUACCCCGCCAUAUCUCCCUCCCGCCUCGAGCUCUCCCAGGCCGGAAAAACAGUCCUCAUCACCGGUGGAAACGCAGGCAUCGGUUACGCCAUCGCCACGGCUUUCCUCGAAGCCUCCGCUGCAAAGAUCAUCAUCACUGGCCGGAGAGAAGGCGCGACCAGGGACGCAGCUGCUUCCCUUACGGCCGCGGCUGCAAAUCCUGGAGGCAAGGCGGUGGGCGUUGUGUGCGAUGUGGGUGAUGCACUGGCUAUAGAUGCGCUGUGGAAGGGGUUUGAGAAGGAGGGCACGGGCGUGGAUGUGCUCGUGCUCAACGCGGUCAAGGUGGCGGACGCGAAGCCGCUGCUGGAGAGCGGGCUGGGGGACGUGUGGUCCGCGUUCGAUGUCAAUGUGCGCGCGCAGCUGCAGAUGGUGGAGCGUUUCUAUAAGCAAAAGCAGGAGGGGAGGGUGCCUAAGAAUCUAGUCAAUGUGUCGACGUUCGCCAUCCACAACCACCUCGUCGCGGCAGAUCGACCAGCGUACGGGCUGACGAAAAGUGCGGCUGCGCUCGCGCUGCAGCUCAUCGCACAGGACACCUCCCCGGAGACAAUGCAGAUUGUGAGCAUGAAUCCGGGGGCUGUGCUUACGGAGGCGGCGAAGGGCGCGGGGUACGAUGAGGAGUCGUUUGCGUGGAAUAGUCCGGAUCUUCCUGGGAGGUUUGCGGUUUGGUGCGCGUCGCCUGAGGCGGCGUUUCUGCAUGGUAGGUUCAUCUGGUGUGAGUGGGAUGUGGAUGAGAUAAAGAGCGGGGAGAUUAGGAAGAGGAUCGAGGAGGAUCCUUUUUACUUGAAGGUUGGGGUCAGGGGGCUUUGAGACAAUGGUCGAUUUUCACUGGGGCUGGAGGCCUCUUAUGCGAACCUUGGUGCCAAUUUCAUGAGCAGCGACCGCCCAGUGUCUCACAUAACACC